CUCUCUAACCCAACACGGUUUUGACUCAAAAGGUUUUCAUAUUUUUCUUUCUUUUUUUUCCCUCACAAUUUUCCGGAAAUAGAAAACAUAUUUUUCUUUCUCUCUCUCUCUGUUCUUGAUCCGUGGAAGAGGAAAUUGAGCGAAACCCAGAAGAAAGUUUAUUCCUUUGGGCGAGAAUCGGAUACCCAAUUGGCUGAAAAUUGAAAAUCCAAUGCGGUGUGGGAGAAGGGGUGAGAGAGAUUUGAAGGGGUGUGGAUCUGAUGGUGAAGGAAUGGGUGAUGGUGAUGGUUUCAGGGGUGAUGAAAACUACUGGUGCUAGGGUUGUUGUGCGUGGCAACGACCCGGUGGUGCUGCAGCAGCAUAGACGACGAUGCAGCUUCACUUCUCGCCUAGCAUGAGAAGCAUCACGAUAUCAAGCCACAAUGGCUUUAUUGACUUGAUGAAGAUCAAGGUCGCAGCUUGCCACAUUUCCUAUCGAACCCUCUUCCACACCAUUCUCAUCCUCGCUUUCUUGUUGCCCUUUGUCUUCAUUCUCACUGCUGUUGUUACCCUUGAAGGUGUCAACAAGUGCUCUUCCUUUGAUUGUUUAGGUAGACGGUUGGGACCAAAGCUUCUUGGUAGGGUUGAUGAUCCUGCGCAGAGAGUAGUUAGAGAUUUUUACAAGAUACUUAACGACGUGAAGACUCGGGAAAUUCCACCUGCUCUAAAGUUGCCCGAUUCAUUUGAUCAACUGGUUUCUGAUAUGAAGAACAAUCAAUAUGAUGCAAAAACAUUUGCAUUUAUGUUAAGGGGAAUGAUGGAGAAAUUUGAGAGAGAAAUCAGAGAAUCUAAAUUUUCAGAAUUGAUGAAUAAACACUUCGCAGCAAGUUCAAUCCCUAAAGGGAUUCAUUGUCUGUCUUUGCGUUUGACUGAUGAAUAUUCAUCAAAUGCCCAUGCACGCAAACAACUGCCUCCUCCGGAAUUACUACCUAUGCUGUCUGACAACUCUUACCACCAUUUUAUUGUUUCAACUGAUAACAUUUUGGCUGCUUCAGUAGUUGUUACUUCUACUGUGCAGUCAUCUCAGAAACCUGAGAAUAUAGUCUUCCAUGUCAUCACUGACAAAAAAACUUAUGCGGGUAUGCACUCAUGGUUUGCACUAAAUCCUGCCUCUCCUGCCAUAGUUGAAGUUAAAGGCAUUCACCAGUUUGACUGGUUGACUAGAGAAAAUGUUCCAGUACUUGAAGCUGUAGAAAAUCAGAAUGGGAUCAGGAAUUACUACCAUGGGAAUCAUAUUGCUGGAGCCAAUCUCAGUGAUACUAAUCCACAUAAAUUUGCAUCAAAAUUGCAGGCUAGAAGUCCAAAGUACAUAUCUUUACUCAACCAUCUCCGCAUAUACCUACCUGAGCUUUUCCCAAACCUUGACAAAGUAGUUUUUUUGGAUGAUGAUAUUGUGGUUCAACAUGACUUGUCUCCACUUUGGGAAAUUGAUCUAAAUGGAAAAGUCAAUGGAGCAGUGGAAACCUGUAGAGGUGAAGAUGAGUGGGUAAUGUCUAAGCAUUUUAGGAACUACUUCAAUUUUUCCCAUCCUCUCAUUGUAAAGCAUUUGGAUCCUGAUGACUGUGCUUGGGCAUAUGGGAUGAAUAUCUUUGAUCUGCGUGCAUGGAGAACGACAAAUAUUAGAGAGACUUAUCACACCUGGCUGAAAGAGAAUCUGAAGUCAAACCUGACGAUGUGGAAGCUUGGAACCCUACCUCCUGCUUUGAUUGCAUUUAGAGGUCAUGUUCACCCAAUUGACCCCUUUUGGCACAUGCUUGGUUUGGGUUAUCAGAAUAAAACGGAUGUUGAGAGCGUGAACAAGGCUGCUGUUAUUCAUUACAAUGGCCAGUCAAAACCGUGGUUGCAAAUUGGCUUUGAACAUCUUAGGCCAUUUUGGACAAAGUAUGUCAAUUAUUCAAAUGAUUUUGUUAGGAACUGUCAUAUCUUGGAAUCAUAGUCUGCCAUCAGAAGCACUAUGGUUGGAAACCAAAGUGCAUACUAAAAAAGGGAAGAGUAAAUACAGGUUUCGUCUAAAUUUUUGCGGCUUGGGAUUUUCUUACAGAUGAAUUUGAGAAGGCAAAUAGUAAAUUGAUUGAGAGGGCAAAGUGAUCAGGACUUGGUGGGUGGAUUUGCUGCCAUCCCCUACAUUUUUGCGCACACACUUGCCAUCCAUCCUGGCAUGGCCUUGAGAAUCAAGAAUUUUGUGACAUAGAAACUCGUCCUAUAUUUUUGGUUGGUGAAAAAAGAUACUAUUAUUGAUCUUUAGUGGGGCUACUUUAUCAAAAUUUCCUUAGUGAAUGUUGGAGAAUAAAUAGAAUGCUGAAGAUAAAAAAGGGUCACUCUCCUGUGGUAUCAAUCUGUUUGGUUUUGAGAACACAGGUGCUAGGACAGUUAAUUUGUGAGGUUCCCCCACUAGUGCAGCAUUGCCCAUCAUUUUUUAGUUUGUUAAUUUUUGUUAGCACCAAUUUUUACAUUCACCCUAUUUAUUUUGAUACCAUGAUGGUGAAUUCUAGGAGUAGUUCAUGAUAUUGCUUUGUUACAGGUCCAUUGAAUUGGGUAACUUGCUGUAGGAUAUAUAUAUAUUUAUAUUGUUAUUCGUUGUGUACAAUUUACCAGU